GCGCCAUGCAGACACGCUGGGCGGGUUGCGGCACGGCCCUCGUCACGCCGUUCACGGGGGAACGGCGACGUGGACGAGGCGGCGGUCAGGCGGCUGGCGCGGCGGCAGAUCGCGGGCGGCGUGCACUUCCUGGUCCCCUGCGGGACGACGGGCGAGAGCCCCACGCUGUCGCACGCCGAGAAGCUCCGCGUCGUCGAGCUCGUCGUCGAUGAGGCGAACGGCGCCGUUCCGGUCCUGGCGGGAGCGGGGGGCUACGACACGCGGGCCGUCAUCGAACUGGUCCGCGACCUGGCGAGCGCCGGGGCGACGGGGAUCCUCUCGGUCACGCCGUACUACAACAAGCCGACGCCGGAGGGACUCUUCCGGCACUACGGCGCCAUCGCCGACGGCACCGACCUGCCGAUCGUGGUCUACAACGUGCCGGGACGGACCGCCUGCAACAUCGCCCCGGCCACGCUCCUCCGGCUCGCGGAGAUUGCCAACGUCGUCGCGGUGAAAGAGGCCUCGGGAGACCUCGGACAGAUGUGCGAGAUCUGCCGCGCGGUACCGGACGACUUCUGCGUGCUCUCGGGCGACGACGCAUUCACGCUGGCGGUGAUGGCGCUCGGCGGCACCGGGGUGAUCUCGGUCGUCUCGAACGAAGCCCCCUCCCGGAUGGCGGCACUAGUCGACCAGGCCGCGGCGGGGGACUUCACGGCGGCGCGCGCCACCCACGAGCGGCUGCUGCCGCUGAUGCAGGUGAACUUCGUCGAGUCGAAUCCGAUCCCGGUCAAGGCCGCCAUGGCCGAGCUCGGGCUCCUCGACCCGAACUACCGUCUGCCGCUGACGCCCCCGGCCGCCGCCGCCCACGCGCGCAUCGUCGACGUGCUGGCCGCGACCGGGCUGUCCAGGGCCGGCAGCCCCCCGGCGCGGCAGCGGCAGGCUUCGCUCGCCGGCACAUGA